AUGGAGAUGGGGGUUCAUGAAUUCCUUGUUCUGCUGCAGCUGCUGCUAGUUCACCUUGGAUUCCCAGUGUGGGGUUCUCCACAGUCCCCCUUCUGUGAAAGCCACAUCCUGGAGAGAUACAUCCUGGAGGCCAAAGAGGCACAGAAUGCUACGGUAGCCUGCUUGGAAGAUUGCAGCCUGGGUGAGAACAUCACAGUCCCUGAUACCAGAGUGAACUUCCAUACCUGGAAGAAGAUGGAGGUGGGGCAGAAGGCAGGGGAAGUCUGGCAGGGAUUGACUUUGCUCUCUGAAGCUGUCCUGAAAGGCCAGGCCUUGCUGGCCAACUCUUCCCAGACACCAGUAGCCCUAAAGCUCUUUGUGGACAAAGCUGUCAGCAGCUUGAGAAGUCUCAGAUUCCUGCUUCGAGGACUAGGAACACAGGAGGAAGCUAUCUUUGUUCCAAAUGCCCCAACAGCAGUUCCACUUCGUACCUUCACUGUAGGGACUAUGGACAAACUUUUUCGAAUCUACUCCAAUUUUCUACGGGGAAAGCUCAAGCUGUUUUGGAGAGAAGCCUGCCAAAGAGAGGAGAGGUGACUAGCUGCUCCUCCACUCCACUUUAGGCCCAUCCACCAGCCCAUCCUACUCCAUGACACUGCUUGGGUCUGUCUGUGCCGUCACUGAUACCAGCACUCUCCGGGAAGCCGAGGCAACAGGGCCAGCCAGCUCCUGGACCCGCCAGGGCUAAGGAAGAUGCCUGAAGAGCCAAGAAACUACUACUCAAUUCUGAGUCCUGAGAUGAUCACAAUGUCACUACAGAAAACUAUGAACUGAUUUAGCGCCACGAGAGAAAAAUGCCUUAAUUCACCUUGGAGACACAAGGAUGCCAUUGCAGAAGUUUCAAAAGAAGAUGCUUUUAUCUGGGACCCCAGAACAGGGAAGAAGCAUUCAGGAGCUUAGGUGGCAAAUAGCCUAUUCUCGAGGCUUGGCUGACAUGUGUUAGCCAAAGACUAAUGACUUGAUGUAGAGGAGGAAGCACAGAAGAGAUAGAAUGGGGUCCCAGAUGGGGUAUCCUUAAUCUCAUUGGUGUCCAAUUUUUUUUGUCUUUUUUUUUAUAUUUAAAAACUUAAUUGCCCAGAAUUGAAAACCCCAAAUGGGACUUGGCUUUUCUAAUUUCCCCUUUGAUCCUGGCCAUUUAAAUUGUACUGCGGCUCUGUAGGUCCCGGCCUGGCCAGCAGCCCUGGGAAGCACGGAGGUCACAAGGGUCAGGCCCUACGUGCCGCCUCACCCAAUCUGCCUGACUUCUUGACCCCACUGGGCCUGAGACCACAGGCUCAACCACUGUUGGUCAAUAACCUGUCUCCAUUCAAGGUUGUUCCCCCGGCAACAGUUGCCAAUUUCUGGCAGGAGAAACCUUUUAAGGGAAUGAGGGGGUGGGAAAAGCACUCACUGGGGACUGGAGACUACUCCCAAUUAAGGCAAUUAGACACUUUCCUCACUGCUUCUUCUGCCGGUGGCCAGAUUUUGGCUCUACCUCCAGUCUCUGACACCGUUCUAGAGUCCAAGCAUCCCAGUAUCAAGUUACACUACCUACCUCAGUUUCCCUCUGUCUAAUUUAAUUCAGAAUCUUGUUUCCUUGCUGGUGUUUUUCUCUUUGCUCCCUAAUAUAACAUUCAGGCAUAAUGGAAAAGAGGCUUUGGAACACAACCCCUCAAUAUCCCAAUUUUUUUCAUAUUCACUCCUCCACUAUUCACCCUCAG